GGGACAGGCAGGUUUCGGCCAUCAGCUGGACAUGGCCUUCUGGUCCUGAACUGCUCCUUCUGGCCUUGCGCCCUGGGUGGGGGGGGGGUAGAGUGAGGGACACACAGGCAACCAGCUGGGUCUCUUUAGUCUGGGGCUCAGCCCCCACUUCUGGGCUCCCCUUCCCAAAAUCGCAUCCCCCGUGUGCGCGCGCCCAUGUGCGUAAGGAAGAGAGCACUAGAGAAAAGCAAAUCCAGUUCCUCAGUCCUGUGGCUCCCGAAGCUCAGCUCUGUGCUCGCUUCCUUCUGUUGAAAUGACUGACUGUGGCCUGGAGGGAUCCGUCAUCCUCGGGGCCACGGCUCAGGAGGUCUGAAUUGUUGCUCUGGCUCAGAAAUGACUCCUGGGUCCUGAGAACCACUCUGUCUCUGGGACUCAGCGCCCCCACCUACGAAAUGUGGCUGCAUAGAUAGAUGGUGCCGGUCUUUCCAGCUCUGAGUUCUGGCUGCUUCAGCUGUCAGCACGGGUCAAUGCCUUGUCCUGGAUGGGAGGAGAGCCUCAGGUGGGGGGGCUCAGGCACCCAUCCCUCCCCACUUUGGGUAACUGCUCUGUGGCUCUUUGCAUAACUCCACCCACUCCCAGUAGCUCUUUCGCAUUAGGCCCCGCCCACCCCUCAGCCGGCCUGCGUGAACACCUGGCGGACUCCCUAACCACCUCCCUUGUCUCUUUCGUCUCCAGUCUCCCACCGGUGGAGCGGGAAUAGGCUUUCCCAGCUAAGUUAGAUGGACCGUCCACGUUAGCCUGGCACGCUGCCCCUCUCCUGCCUCCCCACCAGCUCCCCUUGUCAAGGAGGUGCCUCUGUGUUUGGCGGGGGUGGGGGGGUGGGGGGUGGAGCUGGAGAGGGGUCAGAGCAUUUGGGAGGGAGUUGGGGGUGCCCUGCCCCUGGAGCAGGAAUGGUGCCCCCGGGGAAGAAACCAGCCAGAGAGGCCUCCAACUCCAACAAGAAGUGCAAGCGUUACUUCAACGAGCACUGGAAAGAGGAGUUUCCCUGGCUGGUUGACUCCCAGAGGGAACUGAUGUUUUGCCUCGAGUGCUGCCAGGCUCUGGUGCGGAACUAGCACAGCAAAGCCGAGAACGCCUUCACCGCGGGCACCGACAACUUCCAGCGCCAGGCUCUGCUGCGCCACGUGACCUCGGGGGCCCACUGCCAGGCUCUGGCUGUCAACUGGGGCGAGCCCACCUUGGAGGCCGAGGGAGGAGGGGCCUACCCAGGCCUGGCAAGCACCCCGCCCUCCAGGGGAGUCAAGGUGGAGGUGGACCCGGCCAAAGUGGCUGUGCUGACUACCAUGUACUGCAUGGCCAAGGAGGAUGUGCCUGAUGACCGCUGCUCUGCCCUGCUGGAGCUACAGAGGUUCAACCUGUGCCAGGCACUGCUGGGCACGGAGCGUGGCGAUUACUACAGCCCCAGGAGGGUGAGGGACAUGCAGGUGACCAUCGCCGGCAUCUUGCACGCAGAGGCCGGCCAGUGCCUGCAGGCGACCCCCUACGUGGGGCUGGUGUUGGACAAGACCACAGACUGGCCUGAGUCCCCCAGGCUGGCCCUGUUUGCCACUUCGGUGUCCCCCUGCGACGGCCAGCCUGCCACCACCUUCCUGGGAAGUGUGCAGCUACGGAAGGGGCAGGCCUUCAGCAUGUCUGCACCCAAGCUGGCCUGGUUCAGCUCGAGCCUCCCCAGGGACCCCCUGGGGGGUGUGGGCCUGCAGCUCCGAGCCACCUGCCCACUGCUUCUGGAGCUCCACGGUCUCCCCGGCCAGCUGGACCCUGAGCCCCCGGCCUACCUAGGUGAAUAUGAAAACGUCCUGGACGCCCUGUUCCGCCUCCAUGGUGGCCCCAGUCGCCACAUGGUCCCUGCACUCUGGGCAGCACUGGACCUUGCAGCCGUCGACCUGGCAGGACCCCGGCCAGUGCCCUGGGCCUCCUUGCUGCCUGUCGUGGGAGCAGUGGCUGAGGCUUGGCCCUGCCUGGUGCCCAUGCUGGAGGCCUCUGCCCCUGCCUCACCAACAGCUAGGGCCCUGGCCCUUGCCCUGCACCAGCUCACCUUUGUGGCCUUCACCCACCUGCUCCUGGACACUCUGCCCUACAUGCAGAAGCUCGCCCUUGUCCUGCAGCCGGAAGACCCGGACUUGGCCUUGCUGCAGCCCCUGGUGAUGGCAGCGGCAGCCUCCCUCCAAGCUCAGCAAAACUCCGGUGGCACGCACCUCCAGGGCUUCCUACAGGAACUGGCAUCCUCCAGCCCCGACUCGGGUGGUGGGCACUGUACCUACCGCGGCCUGGAGCUGGUUGGCUACUCCGAGGCUGCAGUCUGGGGCUUGGAGUGGCUGCGGGUGGCCUUCUUGGACUCCACGCGGAGCGGGCUGCAGGACUCCUACCCUGUGCCCUUGCUGGAUGCCGCAGCUGUGUUCGUGGCAAUCUUCGAUCCCCGCCGUUACCCGCAGGCACCUGAGGAGUUGGGCACACACCUCGAAGGGGCAGGGGCUCUGCGCCUCCUGCUGCGUGUCUACGCCUCGGCUGUGGCGCGCCAGCGCGCGUUGGGUGACUUUACACUCUUCAAGCGCAUGGUCUGCAGCCUGGGGCAGCUGGGCCCACAGGCUCUGUGCUCCAAGCUGGCAUGAGUACACUCCGAGCUACAUGAGCUCUUCCCCAACUUUGCAGCCCUCACCACCCUGGCCUUGGCAUUGCCUGUGGGCGCUGGUCUCCUGGACAAGGUCGGCCACAGCCGGGAGCUGCGGUGGUGGGGGCAGGGCGGGGCAGGGGAGGGCCGAGGUGACCCUGUGGUCAAGAUUGCUGUGGAUGGUCCCCUACUGCACGAGUCUGACUUUGCAAUGGCUGUGGAGUUCUUAGAAAGUGGGUAGGAGGAGGGGCUGCUGGGACCGAAGCUCACGCGAGGGUGGCCUCCUUCUCUCCAGCCAGCCAGCCGGGCUGGGUCCCUGGGCACUCUAAGGGCCAAGCUGGACUUGAACAUGCUGCAUCUGAGCUGACUCACUAACUUCGACCUUCCACCCACCUUCCCCCAUGCUUCCUCUGCUCCACCCCAAGUACUACCCCAGCCCUGUGGGCUGUGGAGGAGGGGUGGUUCAAGGGGGGUCUGGCAAGUGGGCAGAGUACGCUAGGCUCUGGGGUACCCUAAAUAUUUUUCCCGGCCAUUCUAGAAUUCGGUGAGGAGUAGCUCACCCCUUUCCUUCUGGACUCAUCUCAAGUUUCGGCCCUAAAACGUUGGGGGUGGGGGUGGGGGUUCUUGGUGCGGGGGAGGCAGACGGCGUCUCCAGAAUGAAGGGAUCGAAGGAAAGAAGGGUGGAUGGGUCUUUGACUGCUUCUCAGCUCCCCACUGGCAGCGUCUCUUCUGAUGUGACUGGGGGGGGAGCAGGUGGCCAGCCUUGUUUCCGACCCAGCGCA